GUUUUAUUCUGGUUAGCACUUGUGUAGCCAUUUUGCCGGUGUGAAGGCUUCACUGACUAACAUAACAAUUAUCCUAUUUUCUCACGCUUUUCAUAGUAAUUUACUUUGUCAUAAACAAUGGGUGUUCAAAUUGAAAGAAUCCAACAAGGAGAUGGCGCCAGCUAUCCAUCAAAGGGACAGACAGUUCAUGUUCAUUAUACUGGAACAUUGACCAAUGGAAAAAAAUUUGACUCUUCUCGUGACAAGGGAAAGCCAUUCACAUUCAAGCUUGGUUGCGGUCAAGUAAUCAAAGGUUGGGAUGAAGGUGUUUCGCAAAUGAGCGUUGGAGAAAGAGCAAAGCUCACUUGCAGUCCAGAUUACGCUUACGGUUCCAAAGGAUUCCCAGGAUUGAUUCCCCCAAACUCAACCCUCGUUUUCGAUGUUGAAUUAUUAAAAAUUUCUUAAAUUAAGAACAAAUUAUUUGUCAUAAAGGGAUUAAGAGAAUAAAAUUAUUCUUUAAUGCUUGUCAAAUGAUAGAAUAAAUAAACAAAACUGAAAG